AUGGCCUCCUCCUUGAAGACCCUCGCCGCUCUCUUUCAUGUUUUCCCAAUAAUAAUCCUUGCUGGAUUCACAGAGGAGAUUAAGCACCACCAAGCAGACGACAGCACGAUGAAGACUGCCCACCUGCAUUUCUACUUCCACGACAUCUUUGGUGGCACGGCGGUGGUCGACGACCCCCUCACAGAGGGGACGAGUCCCGAGUCGACGGUAAUUGGGAGAGCUCAGGGGCUGUACUCCAUGUCCUCUAGGGACCUCUCUUCCCUGCUCAUGGUCAUGAAUUUCGAGUUCACAAAGGGCAAGUACAACGGGAGCUCCCUCAGUGUUCUCGGGAGGAACCCAUUUCUCGAGGCUGUGAGGGAGUUGCCGGUUGUAGGGGGGAGCGGGAUUUUCAGGUUCGCGCGGGGCUAUGCGCUGGCAAAAACCCAACGCUUCAAUUUGAACACAGGGAAUGCUGUGGUGGAGUACAACGUCUAUGUCAUGCAUCCCUAA